AUCUGAAGCUGAAUGUGACCGGGGCAAGAUCUGGGGGUACCCUAUUCCCAAACCAUGGCUGCAUUUAUCUAGAGCCUGCAGAGGGGUGCGUCCGGUCUAACUGGUGUUUGACAAAGGGCCUGACAGUAACACUGAACCUGAGCAAUGUCAGGCUCAGCACAGAUUAUCAACUUGGCUCAGUGACAGGAAACACAGUGUUGCUGGUGAAAGGUUACAUGUUCCGACUGGGGAAGGUCACUGCUUACUCCCUUUCCAUGAUCAGCGCGUAAAGGAUGAAGUCAAGAUCAUCUUCACCUCCCAACUAUGCCCAACUUAAUAAAUCUGCGCCUGUUCAUGUUCAUAUUCAAAAGCCCAAGUUAUUACCUUUUGUUGUGGAAUUAUCUCGUGUGCAGAAAAGAAAGCGCUCAACGGAUUCAACAAAAGCAAACAGAACUGUGAGGGGAAAAGCUAAGCCCCACACUCCAAGCUUUGGCCAAAAUGACAAACAAGAGGAACCUUCUUCUGUGAACCAACAAAUGCAGGAACGCAUGCAACCAGAAGCAGAAUGGAAGAGUGUGGAAUCUGCAUCUCCUUCUUCAGCUCUUUCAGGGCACACAGCGAACAGAGAGUCUGAAGAUAAAGCAAAGGCAUCAAAUUGGAUAAGUGAAGAUUGUGAAACGGAUGCACAUACUCAAUUAACCAAGAAAAAUGGGACUUCUCAUGAGAGUUUUGACAAGUGCCAGAAAGAGUUGGACUGGACAGGGAUGGAAAAGGAAACCCUUGCUGAGGAGAACUUGCUGUUGACUGCACUCAAAGAAGCUGAAAUUACAUCAAUAUCUGUAGCAGAACAAGUGGCAACAUUUCGGAACUCCAUUGCUGAAGUAAUGCAGGUGAAUCAGAUCCAAGCCUCGGGGUUUAGUGGAUUUACUGAAGACAAGAACAUGUUUUUAGAGAAGCUGGAAAAUUUCAAGAUUGCAAGUCAAAAGUUACAAUUUCUCUUCAGGGAACGAUGGAUUUCCAAGCCUUGUGUGGAUUGUACCAGCAAACAAAUUGAAGUGCUGACACAGAAGCUGACAAGAUGUGAAACUGAAAAUAUUCAUUUGAAAAGAAAACUCCAGCAUGUUGAGAGAAAUGCGAAAGAAGCUAUGGCACAAUGUCAGAUGGAAAAGGUUAAUUCUUGCUUUGUAAAGCAGCUGUCGAAGUCUGCUGAAGCAACCCAAGCCCGUCUACAAGAGCAGCUUAGAAACAAAGAUGGCAGGAACAAGAGAAUGUCAAAUCAGAUCCUGAAAUUUGAGGGCACGGUGAUUGGCCAUAAGUUGCAGAUCGCUCACCUUAAAUCCCAGCUGCUAGCUCUGAAAGAUCAGCUUGCCAUGGACAAAGAGAUUCUGAAGAAGGCAACACGAGCUCAAAGAAAGAGAGCAGAGAGAUUUGAAGCUGCUGUGGAAGAACUUAAUUCCCAGUUCAAAGAUAAGGAUCUGAAGUUGCGAGAGGUUCGUCUGGCCAUUGAAACCCAGAAGAAACAAAACGAUUUGGCUUCUGCAGUAAAGGCCCAGUUGGAAACCAAAGUUUUUUCCCUUUCACAUCAGGUGGCUAGCCUUGAGGAACAGCUACAGAGAGCUACCGAAAGAGGAAGAUCAACCAGCCAUGAACUGCUCAGCAUAUUACACAACAGCAACUUGGAAAACUCCAACCUCAAACUGGAAAAUGCACAAUUAAAGGCCUUGGUAACAGCUGUGGAAGAAGAUGCAUCAGUAAUAUCAGCAGACCUUGACCAGCUCAAAGCCAAAGCUGAACAGCAGAAGGACGUUGAUAUGCUUUAUGAAACACAGGCUGAUGACCAGAACUUUCAAUUGAAAUCAUCUUCAGAAAAGGUAGAAUCUUUGAGUGAUGAGAAGCAGAAAUUGCAGUUGGCUUUAGAAGUUCUUUCUCGGAGACUGAAGGAGGUUAAUUUUCAAAAUCAAGAGCUAACAGAGACAAUGGCAAAACAAGAAGAAGCUCUUCUGCUUAGCAAAUCUCAGCUGGAAGAAAGGACAAGGGAAUCUGCAGCAUUGAGUCGACAGUUGGAAACUGCUCUACAUGAUGUGACUGAAAAGGUCAGAGAGGUGAAGGAUCAGACUGAAACUCAAGAGCAUGCCCUUCAGAGCAAACUACAUCGCCUUGAAUUGGAAUUAAACAGAAAGACUAAAGAACUGCAACAGCUUCAAUGGAACAAGAAUAAUGCUGAGAGGAGCCAUGAAGCACACCUGCAGGAGUUGAGGCUCAGUCUUGAGCAAUCAGAGAAUGAAAACCAAAGCAUUCAGAGUUACAUGCGUUUUCUCAAAGUGUCCUAUACAAUCAUGUUUGGAGACAACAGCAUGGCAGAUUUUCAUGGUGAGCCAGCACUGAGAUGAGUAACUUAAUCGUCAUAGGAUUUGAUGAAGUCUUGCAAUGGCUACAGAUUCAACAUUUGUUUUAUACUUAAUUAUGAAACUUUAAUUUGACUUCUAUUAAGAAAAUUCAGUAA